AUGGCAAACAUCCACACCUUCUCCUCCUGCCUAGUAGCUCUGGCGGAUUUGCACGGCGACGGGGAGUACAAGCUGGUGGUGGGAGACCUCGGCCCUAGUGGGCAGCAGCCCCGCCUGAAGGUGCUCAAAGGACCAACAGUGCUGACAGAAAGCCCACUGCCUGCCCUGCCGGCCUCUGCUGCCACCUUCCUCAUGGAGCUACAUGAGCCCAGGACACCUGCCCUAGCAAUUGCUUCGGGACCUUGUGUCUAUGUAUAUAAGAAUCUUAGACCCUACUUCAAGUUCAGCCUGCCCCAGCUACCUCCAAACCCAUUGGAGCAAGACCUUUGGAACCAAGCCAAAGAGGACCAGAUCGACCCACUGACCCUGAAAGAGAUGCUGGAGGGCAUCAGGGAAAAGGCAGAGGUGCCUUUGUCUGUGCAGUCACUCAGGUUUCUGCAACUGGAGCUGAGUGAAAUGGAGGCGUUUGUGAACCAGCACAAGUCCAAGGUUAUAAAGCGUCAGACAGUCAUCACCACCAUGACCACCCUGAAGAAGAACCUGGCUGAUGAGGAUGCAGUGUCCUGUCUGGUGCUAGGCACCGAGAACAAGGAACUCCUGGUGCUUGACCCUGAGGCCUUCACCGUUUUGGCCAAGAUGAGCCUGCCCAGUGUUCCUGUCUUCCUCGAGGUUUCCGGCCAGUUUGAUGUGGAGUUCCGGCUGACUGCUGCCUGCCGAAAUGGGAGCAUCUAUAUCCUGAGAAGAGACUCCAAACACCCCAAGUACUGCAUCGAGUUGAGCGCUCAGCCUGUGGGCUUGGUCCACGUCCACAAGAUCCUGGUGGUGGGCAGCACCCAGGAGAGUCUGCAUGGCUUCACCCACAAGGGUAAGAAGCUGUGGACAGUGCAGAUGCCUGCAGCCAUCCUGACCAUGAACCUACUGGAACAGCGAUCCCGGGGCCUGCAAGCUGUCAUGGCUGCUCUGGCCAAUGGGGAAGUCCGAAUUUACCGUGACAAGGCCCUGCUUAAUGUCAUUCGUGCCCCGGAUGCAGUAACCAGCCUUUGCUUUGGCCGGUACGGGCGAGAGGACAACACGCUCAUCAUGACUACUCGAGGUGGGGGGCUGAUCAUCAAGAUCCUGAAGCGCACAGCAGUGUUUGUGGAAGGGACAGGUGAGGUCGGCCCGCCACUGGCACAGACCACAAAACUCAAUGUGCCCCGAAAGACCCGGCUGUAUGUGGAUCAGACCCUGCGAGAGCGGGAAGCUGGCACAGCCAUGCACCGGACCUUCCAGACAGAUCUCUACCUGCUGCGCCUGCGGGCCGCCAGGGCGUAUGUACAGGCCCUGGAGUCCAGCCUGAGCCCCAUGUCAACUACAGCUCGGGAGCCACUCAAGCUGCAUGCUGUGGUUCAAGGCCUGGGCCCCAUCUUUAAGCUCACACUUCACUUGCAGAAUACCUCCACGGCUCGGCCAGUUCUGGGGCUGCAGGUCUGCUUCCUGUACAAUGAGGCACUCUAUGCCCUGCCCCGGGCCUUCUUCAAGGUCCCCUUGCUGGUGCCAGGACUCAGUUACCCACUGGAGACCUUUGUGGAGAGUCUCAGUAACAAGGGCAUCUCAGACAUGAUCAAGGUGCUAGUGCUCCGGGAAGGCCAUAGUGUGCCCCUGCUUAGCGCCCACAUCAACAUGCCUGUGAGUGAGGGGCUGGCAGCCACCUGAGCCCUGGGCCAGCAUUCAGCCUUCCACAGAAUGGAGCCAGCCAGAUCCUGAGACUUCCAGUGUGCCCAGCCCACUUCCCCCAACAGCAGUGUAGUGAGGCAUCAGUUCCCUGUUCCUCUCUAAAACAGUCCCGUGCUCCCCACUUCUGCCUCUGGGCUUGAGCAACAA